AUUGUCAUUAAAUUAAUUUGACGUUUAAAAAAUCGUUUUUAAGUUCGCGAAGAUUUUCUUUAAAAAAAUGCUUUAUUACGUAAUUUCUUUGCCGGUUCUGUUAUGUUUGGGAAUAUGCACCGCGAUUUUAUGCUACGUCCGACAUAAUCGAUAAGUAUUGUUUUGAUUGAGGUUCAAAAUUAAUUCGUGUUGACAAGUGUCAAAAUUAUAAAGUGAUUGACGGAAUACUUUUCGCAACAAAAAUAAAUAAAUAAUGUUCGUAUUUUUGGUACCGGUACCCGCGUUACUUUGCAUCACCCUUUUAAACUGUCUCUGUUUAUUAUCGAUGUGUUUGUGGAUCUAAAAGUCAGUCAUCAAAUAAAUGUCUAGAAAUCCUUGUAGACCACCCACAGGGGUUCCCCGGGUCUCAUCCAGAACCUCAUCAAGACAACAGCCGGGGAGAGUUCAAAGUUUAUGCGCUAGACCAGGUCCACCAGUUGCGCAAUCAUCAUCUCAAAAAAGCGUAAAACGCAGUGCAAGACCCACAUCAUCAAGUGGAAAAUGCGUUAAUCCCACUUGCGAAGAAAAAACUCAGGUUAGUCGAGGAAAAAAACCGCCGAAAGAUGAGAAAAAAACCGCGAAAGAAGUUGUAAAGCGACAAGAACUAAGAAAAAGGGCCCCUCCGGAAUACGAGUUACCCGCAUUAAGCGUUAACAUACCAAAAAAAGAUGUGUUUGAAGAGCUCGAAAAGUUGAAAGCAAAAACUCGGCGAAGACACGCACCGGAAGGAGAAGAUUUAAGAGGGAUUAAAGAGAUCCUAAAAGGAAUGAUCGAUCAAGAAAUAACCGUCCAUGAAUUUGUUGGAGCUAUCUCCGAGUACACCGCAGAUAACGGAACAGUUUUACGCACAAUCUUAGCUAACGAAUUAUCUCAUUUUCGAAGCAUGGCGCGUCGCGUUUACGAUACAAUGACGCAAGACAUCAGCGACGUCCUCAUAAACGAACACGUCCAACUAACAAAAGCUAGUAAAGAACGCCACGCUCAAUAUACCGACAAAAUGAUGCGAGCCAUCGACGACAUUUACGAAUUAACGUCCAAUUUUAGUUUCGAAAAGUUUUACAACGAAAAAAAAUACCUCGACGAAUUAUUCCCGCUCGCUCCCGACGCAAAAAUCGACGAAGAAUCUGAAGCCAUGCAAAUGAGACAGGAAACUUAUCACCGCUUAAUGUGGUUAAGAUCGGAAGGAGAUCGAUUAAGCGAGGAGAAUAAGCGCCUAAUAAACCGGCUAAAAGAAUUAAAAUUCCGCCAAAAAGAGCAAAUGAAAAAAGCGGGCGAAAUCGAAAUGGCCAACGAGAAUAAAAGGAUUGAAUUAGAAAAAACCCAAGAAGCGCUCGAAGAAGAAUUAGAAAUCGUAAAUACAUCCAUUGAAAAAUCGAUGGUUGAACAAGAACGAGCGAUUCGUGAAACCGAUGAAAUAAAAGCUAUGACCCCCGUUGUUGAAAAACGCCCAAUUGCAAAACAAAUUUUAAAACGCGAUAUGCGACCCCCCGAAAAUUGGGGGUCAAAAACUGCCGCUGAAAUUGAAGAAUCACACGCCACCGAAGUUUUAAUAGCCGAUGCAAGUCGAGUUUCGAUGGUUACGAGUCAUCGGGGGGCGACUCCUUCAACUGGAGCCGUUCCUAAGCGAAUGGCUAAAACUAAGAAAAAAUACAAAUUUGAACGCCCAAAAGUGCAACAAGACGCGGAUGCUUUUCAUUAUUCACCACCGAAAACGCCACCCGAAUGUUACCCAGCCGCGGGUGGUCAAAUGGAAACUACAAGGGUUACUACGACUACUUCGAAAACGCAACAACCAAGAGUUGGGAGAAGAGGUUCCGCUGGUCCACGAGAUUCUUGGAGGGGAUUUUGUUGAUUUUUUUAAUUUUAUUUGUAGUAAUAAUGUAAAUUGUAUGUGUAUUAUAAAUAUAAUCGGUGCAGAUU